AUGGAGAGAAUAGGUCUUGAUCAAUCCGCUUUAAAAGCAGUUGAUGACUACUGGGAAUACAGAAGGAUUGUGGGUGAUGAUGAUGGAGAAAAGCUCUUCACUCCAGAGCAAUAUGAGGAAUACAGAAAGAAGAUGUUUUCUCAGCGACUUAAAAACCGGUUAUAUGUGAGCUAUGGAGUGCCUGGGGGUAUUGACUGUAAGCUGAUUGGCCCAGAAGCACAGUGCUUCUGUGCACAUAGGUACAAGCAACAUAAAACAGACUGGGAAGUGGUUCCCUCUGAGCGACCCCUGGCCUUACCAUGCAGAGUCAAGGGAUGCUGCUGCCCUGCCUACGAAUAUGUUCCUCGGCUUGGACCGAACCCCGUGCGCUGCAGGUGUAAACACUUACCUCAACAUCACAGUGAAGCAGCAGGCCACUUGUGCAAGUCUUGCAAUUCCUGUUCUGGAUUCCAGAGUCCCUACACCUGUGGGUGUGGCCAGCCCAGCUCUGAACACCAGACUCUGGUUGAGACAAAACUGGAGAGGGAGGCACGGGGUCAGCCUGUGGGCAGGGAUGUCCCUUAUGCUGCCAUGGGUGGGCUGACAGGGUUCAGCUCCUUGAUUGAUGGUUACCUAGCUUUGGAAAUCAGUGGCUCAGGGAAGCAAAAGUAG